GGCACUCCGCGGGUCCCCUCCCGCCCCGCCCCACCCAGAGAGCUCCGCCCCAAGCCCGCGGCUCUUCCGCCUUAGGCAGCGGCUUAGGAGAACCCCGACUUCCACCCCUGGGGGAGUAGGGACGGACACCCGCCAAGGUGAGGGGUGGCUCAGCUCCUUCCGCCUGCGCGGUGGGUGUAGGUCCCGGUUCCGGCUCCCGGGGCAGCAGAGGGAGCGGCCAGUUGGGUGCGCCCUGCAGGAUGAGACCGGCUGAGUUAGGCCACCAGGGGGCGCUGCGAAGCUGGGGGACACCCCUCCCUGUCCGCUUCAGUCCGCCCCCUCCCCGCCCGCGCGCAAAACACACUCGCCCCAGAGGCAGCGCGGCCGAGCCGGAGCCGCGGCCGGAGCGGAGCCCGAGAUCGCGGCGGCGGUGGCGGCGGCACCAUGACCCUGGGCAGCUGCUGCUGCGAGAUCAUGUCCUCCGAGAGCUCCCCGGCCGCACUGUCCGAGGCCGACGCAGACAUAGACGUGGUGGGCGGCGGCAGCGGUGGGGGGGAGCUCCCAGCCCGCUCCGGGCCCCGCGCCCCCCGGGACGUGCUCCCUCACGGCCACGAGCCUCCUCCGGAGGAAGCCGAGGCAGACGUAGCAGAAGACGAGGAGGAGUCGGGUGGCAGCUCUGACGGCGAGCCUCGCGCUCUAGCGCCCCGGGGGGCGGCGGCCUCAGCGGGGCGCCAAGGGACAGGAGAGGCAACGGCCCGGGGCGCGGCGGGGCCGGGGCCCGGACCACCGUCGGGGGGCGCGGCGACGCGGAGCCCUUUGGUAAAGCCACCCUACUCAUACAUCGCGCUCAUCACCAUGGCCAUCCUGCAGAGCCCCAAGAAGCGCCUGACGCUGAGCGAGAUCUGCGAGUUCAUCAGCGGCCGCUUCCCCUACUACCGGGAGAAGUUCCCCGCCUGGCAGAACAGCAUCCGCCACAACCUCUCGCUCAACGACUGCUUCGUCAAGAUCCCCCGCGAACCGGGCAACCCGGGCAAGGGCAACUAUUGGACGCUUGACCCGGAGUCGGCCGACAUGUUCGACAACGGCAGCUUCCUGCGGCGCCGCAAGCGCUUCAAGAAAAACGACGCGGUGAAGGACAAGGAGGAGAAGGACCGGCUGCACCUCAAGCGGCAGCCGUUACCGCCACCACAUCCACACCCGCACCCUCACCCAGAGCUGCUGUUGCGUGGCGGGGCUGCAGCGGCCGGGGAUCCCGGCGCCUUCCUGCCCGGCUUCGCCGCUUACGGCGCCUACGGCUAUGGCUACGGGCUGGCCCUCCCGGCCUAUGGCGCACCCCCACCAGGGCCGGCCCCGCACCCGCAUCCACACCCGCACGCCUUCGCUUUCGCCGCCGCUGCCGCAGCAGCGCCUUGCCAGCUGUCGGUUCCCCCAGGCCGCGCCGCUGCACCUCCACCCGGACCUCCGACGGCCUCCGUGUUCGCUGGCGCAGCCUCGGCUCCGGCCCCUGCGCCUGCCCCAGGGUCGGGCCCGGGCCCCUCCGGCCUGCCCGCCUUCCUAGGCGCGGAGUUGAGCUGCGCCAAAGCUUUCUACCCCGCGUCCCUGAGCCCUCCCGCAGCUGGCACAGCGGCCGGUCUGUCCACCGCACUCCUGCGCCAGGGCCUCAAGACUGACGCGGGAGGUGGUGCGGGCGGCGGGGGCGCAGGCCCUGGGCAGAGGCCUUCCUUCUCUAUAGACCACAUCAUGGGCCAUGGUGGUGGCGGGGGAGCACCCCCAGGCAGCGGCGAGGGGUCCCCGGGAUCGCCGUUCACGGCAGCUGCGGGACCUGGGGGUCAAGCCCAGGUCUUGGCCAUGCUAACUGCCCCGGCCCUGGCUCCGGUGGCCGGUCACAUCCGCCUCUCGCACCCUGGGGACGCGCUCCUGUCUACAGGGCCUCCGUUUGCCGGCAAAGUCGCCGGCCUCAGUGGCUGCCACUUCUGACCACAGCGGGCUCAGGGUCAGUUAGGCCCGCACACAGCUUCUCCCGGGAGCUCCUGCGGUCCCAGCGGAACUCAGGGAGUCUAUUUAUGAAGAGUCUCCAACCUGGGCCGGCGCGCGUGACUUGGCACUUCAGGUUCCACGCUCAGAAUCUCGCUGAGAGUUGGGACGAAGCGGGCUCCAUCGCUCAGGGCGAGGCCUGGGUUUAAGCUAAGUGGUCCCAAGCCAAGAUCCCAUUCCUGUUUGAGCAGCAAACGAGGGAGUGGGAAACCUUCGGUUUUUCCCUGCCUGAGUCCGCUCCGCAACCCCGGAAGAAUGCCUUCCCGGAGACGUGCCUGCCCAGGCCCUGCGGAUCCCACCAGAAACACCAAGGGCGCUGAGAGGUCUCCCUUUCUUCCUUCCUCAACUUUGCGACCCUGCUUGUCCAAUAUUAUAAUUUAACAACAUCUAUUAUCCGCUUGUGCUUAAAAGAAAAAUUCAAAGUUUUUUGUUUUCCUGUUCUCCAAGGAAGUUCGUUCCCUCUGAAGCCUAGCGCAGUAUCUACACAGGCGAAGCUGAACCGAGAGGUGAAGCAGCGGAUCUCCACAAUCUUUGCAGAAACCCCAGAUCCCACUCCAUGAGGAAAAUCCUUUCUCUUUCAUGUUUGGGUGCUUUUCAAGGAACUUCUUCCCUUUCCCCUAGCCGGCUGGGGCCAGCCAUCCAGGGCCAGCAACCCUCUCAGCCUCCAGCUCAGCCCCAGGCCCUGGGGUAUUUAUUGUAGUUAAAGGCAAUGAGGUCGGGUGGGAGAGGAGGGUCUGGGUCAGGGACUGGAAAGGUGGGGGUGGGGUGGGCAAGGGCACCGAGCUGUGUCAGGGGGUCCUGUAAUUAUGUGUAAAUAUCUGUACAGCAGGCUGCUCUCUGUUCUCUGUCCACUGGUGUGCAUUGAUUUAGAAACCUCUUCUUAGGGAAGACUCUGUGAAAUUGUCUGAUGGUUUGUGUGGAAGAAAAGAAAAAUCUGUCUCUUUCCUCCCUUCCCACUGGUGUCAAUUGAAUAAAUAUAUGCGAACUUCAGCAGUCACCA